AUGGGAAACAGUACUGAAGUGACGGAGUUCAUUCUCUUGGGUCUGACAGAUGACCCCAAGCUUCAUCUCCCAUUCUUCCUGGUAUUUUUGUUCAUCUAUCUUCUCACCGUUGUAGGGAACUUGGGAAUGAUGGUGCUGAUCCAUUCUGACUCCCGCCUCCACACUCCAAUGUACUUUUUCCUCAGUAAUCUUUCCUUUGUAGAUCUGGGCUACUCCUCAGCUGUAGCUCCCAAGGUGGCAGCUGCCCUCUACUCAGGGAACAAGGUCAUCUCCUACUCAGAAUGUGCUGCCCAGUCCUUUUUCUUUGCUGGGUUUGCCACAGUGGAAUGUUACCUUCUGGCUGUCAUGGCCUAUGAUCGCCAUGCAGCUGUAUGUAAGCCCCUCCAUUAUACCACCACUAUGACAACGAGUGUGUGCAUUUGUCUGGCUAUUGGGUCCUACGUCUGUGGCUUUGUGAAUUCUUCCAUUCACACAGGAGAUACCUUCAGCCUCUCCUUCUGUAGCUCUAAUGUGGUCCAUCACUUUUUCUGUGAUAUCCCUCCACUUCUAGCUCUCUCCUGCUCUGAUGCCCACAUCAGUGAAUUGGUUGUCUUCUUUGUUGUUGGUUUUAAUGUAUUCUUUACUCUCUUGGUCAUCUUGAUCUCCUACCUGUUCAUUUUCAUUGCCAUCCUAAGGAUGCGGUCAGCUGAGGGACGCCAGAAAGCCUUCUCUACCUGUGCCUCUCAUCUUAUUGGAGUUUCCAUGUUCUAUGGGACAAUCAUCUUCAUGUACUUGCAACCUGGCUCCAGCCACUCCAUGGACACUGACAAAAUAGCUUCUGUCUUUUACUCGGUAGUCAUCCCCAUGUUGAACCCCCUGAUCUAUAGCCUGAGGAACAAGGAAGUCAAAAAUGCCCUUAGGAAAAUGAUCAAACAGGUGAGGUUUUCUAGGAAUGUUUAA